AUGAGCUCGACGGCGGCCAGUGGGCGGGGGGGCAAGAAGGGAGCCGGAGGCGACGUGGUGGUAUCGGGCUGGUCAUCGUUUGGGACGGCAGCAUCGGCGGCGGACGUGCGGGCCGUGCUGGCGGGACUGCACGAGCGCGAGGCAGCCCUGCGAAAGAAGCUGCAGGCAGAGACGUCCGGAGGAAUCAGCAGCAGCAACAGCAGCAGCAGCAGUGCGAGCGAGCGGCUCUCGCGUGACCUCGUGCGUCUGGACGUGGAGCGAGCGACGGUGGGCGCGCAGGUGGUGGCAACGCGGACGAUGGCGAGCAGUCAGCUGGGACGAGCAGCCACGACGGCCGGCCGGCUCUCCUCGACCGUACGGCGGCUCGACCUCGAGAAGGCGCGGGUGGAGGCGACGCUGCGGGUGGCCGAGCAGGUGGCGGAGCUGCGGGCCUGUGUGGCCGGCGUGGUCGGUUCGAUGGGCGCGCCGCAGGACUGGGAGGCCGCGGCCGGCUACCUGGCACGCGCCAGUCGAAUCCCGGCAGCGAUCGUGGCGAGCGGCUUCGCAGCAGCCGUGGUGCCGUCGGUCGAGGUGCCGGAUCCGCCAGCAGCCACGCUGGAACAGGCGCGGGCGAGCCUGUGCGGCCUCUUUUUGCGCGAGUUUGAGCGUGCCGCGCACGACGGCGACGAUGCCCGCGUGACGCGCUUCUUCAAGCUGUUCCCGCUGAUCGGCCGCACCGAUGUCGGGCUCGAUGUCUACGGCCGCUACGUCUGCCAGGGUGUCGCGGCUGCAGCACGGACAGUGAUGGGAACCGAAGCGGCUUCCGCAACACCCUCGCCCUUCUUCUAUCCCAACGCGCUCGCCAAGCUGUUCGCCCACAUCUCGCAGAUCGUCGAGGCCCACGGCGCCCUCGUGGAACGUCACUACGGCCCUGGCCAGAUGGGCCGCGUCGUCGCCCGGCUCCAGAAGGAGGCCGACGUGCAGGGCGGCAUCAUCAUCGACGCCUGGGGCGACCGCUGCCAUGUCGACCGCCGUCUGACCGACGCCAAGAGCUACCCCUUCUCCUUCCUCGUCCAGAGCUUCCUCGCCCAGCAGCAACGUGGCAGUACCAGCACCACCAGCAACGGCAACACCGGCACCAGUCUCGGCACCAGUCCCCGCAUCGGCUCGCCUGCUGUGGCCGACGUUGACGGCGUCAGCCCCCGCCAGAGCGAGGACGAGGGCGGCGUGAACAUGAAGGAGGUCGACGGGCUGCUGAGCGAGAUCGCCGUCAUGCUGGGACGGUGGUCGCUGUACUCGCGCUUUCUAGCGAUGAAGAGCAGGCCUCCUGAUGACACCUCCGACUUUCCUCCUCUGCCUCCCGUCAUCGCCCAGUCGGUCCUCCAGCGCAAGGUCGCCGCCCGCCUCAUCACGCCCUACAACCUCCUCAGCACCUUCUUCUUCCGCCGCUCGGUCGAGAAGGCCUUCCAGCUCGAGGAAAUGCCGGCCGGCCUGACCCUCAGCAUGGCCCGUCCGCUCGACAACACCAACGCGCCCUACAUCAUCUCGGCCGUCGACGACGUCAUGUACAUUGUCAGCGCCGUCAUCCAAAAGGCCGUUUCGACGCUGCAGCGUGACGUCGUCGUCGGCGUCGUCCCGCCCGUCGGCCGCGUCCUGGGCUCCGACUUUAUCGGCAUGGUCCAGCGCAAGAUGCGCGACGAGGCCUAUCCAAAGCCGGCUGUCUCGGGUGGCUUCCCGCCCGAGGACAAGAUCAUCGCCUUUGUCGUGCUGAUUAACAGCCUCGACCUAGCCGUCGAGUAUCUGGCCCGCAUCGUGUCGGCGCGCAUGGGCGUGACUCCGGAGGAAGGCGGGCCCACGACGGCCGCCGAGGGCGGCACCACCGGCAGCGCAGCCGUCGCAGCCGGUGGACCACCGCCCGCCGUCCCGAGUCCGACUGCCCCCGCCGUCCUGGCCUUUCUGCGCGAGUCGUUCUCGUUCGCGCACGAGGCUGCCGCCGUGGCCGCCGCCCUGGCCGGCCUGCACGCGUCCUUUGCCACCACCGCGGCCGAGCUGCUCGGCGAGGGCCUCCAGGUGCUCUUCGGCCAGGUCGCCAAGGCUCGGCUGCGUCCCGUCUUGGCCGACACGUUUCGCGAUGCCGACUAUGGACUCGCCGAGGCCGACUUUCUCGAGCUCGCCGACGCCAACGACGAGGACGUCGAUUUGCUGCUCGAGCUCGUUCCCCGCCGCUUCGCUCAUGGCUGGGAUGCGCUCAUGCGCCCGCUCGCCCGCAUCAUGACCCCCCGCACCUACGCCGGUCUCGCCGACCAGGCCGCUCGCUACCUUGCCCGCGUCCUCGAGAAGCGCGUCUGGGGCUAUGUCGGCCGCGCCAGCCCCCAUGGUGCCAUUCGCCUCGAGCGCGACCUCAACGGUAUCGUCGCCGCUGUCGCCCGCGGCAAUUACGGCGCCCGCGAGCUCUUCGCCAAGACCACCCAGAUCCUCAUGGUCGCCAACAUGGACGACGACGAGUGGGACGAGCUCGGCGGCGGCGCUACCGCCGCUGAUGCCGACGACGAUGACGACAUCGUCUGGCUGCUGUCCGACGACGAGCGCCGCCGCGCCCGGAACUUGGUGAAGCGUGUUUGA